CCGUAGUGAUGCUCAGCAUGUGUGUGGCGGUGGGUGGGGGUACCUGUGGUGAGUAUAGAAGCUUCCAGGAGUUUCUGGCCCCUGCGACCGACGGACCACCGAUUGUCUCUCAUCACAGAGCAGUCCGAGACACUGGUCGAUCAGGACCGCGACCCGUUGCAGGGCACCUGGGGUGACAGGGGAUGUGAAGCAGAGGCUGCAGUCUGUUCAGCCCCAGACGGGUGGCCGGAGGCAAACGUGGGGGUCAGGGGUUCAGGCUACUGAUGGAUGCUGGUGUCCCCACAGGUGCAGCUGGAGAGGGGAAAAACCCUUCACAUCAAGGCACUGGCCCUGGGUGACCUCAACGUGGCCGGACAGAGGGAGGUUUUCUUUGAGAUGAACGGCCAGCUUCGCUCUGUCCUGGUCAAGGACACACAAGCCAUGAAGGAGAUGCACUUCCACCCCAAGGCGCUGAAGGACGCGAAGGGCCAGAUCGGAGCGCCCAUGCCCGGCAAGGUGAUUGACAUCAAAGUGAAGGAGGGCAGCCACGUGGAGAAGGGCCGGCAGCUCUGCGUACUCAGUGCUAUGAAGAUGGAGACGGUGGUCAACGCACCCAUGUCUGGCACGGUGAAGAAGAUCUACGUCACCCGGGACAUGCACCUGGAGGGGGAUGACCUCAUCCUGGAACUGGAGUAACACCGGAUGCUCUCAAAGACCCCCAGCCCUCAGUCACCCCCGUCCAUUCCGCAAACUCCCAACACUCCAGUCCGCACCUUCCACCCUACCUCAAAACCUCCCUCCACUCCCCUUCCUGCCCAUCCUCGUCCACACUUCACAAACCCCUCACUCCCUCCUCUUCACAAACCCCUCACCCUCUCCUCUUCACAAACCCCUCGCCCUCUCUUCUUAAAUCCCUCACUCCCUCCUCUUCUCAAACUCCCCACCCCUUCCUCUUCUCAAACCCAACACCCUCUCC